CCUUAUUUUUUUCCUUAAAUUGGUUGAAGUGGAACCAACUGUAAGAUUUUUAAGGCAUUUGCAUCAAUUUUGUGGUCUCUGCUGUUUUGUUCGUUGAAUGUGACGAAUCUGCCGAUUUUUUUUAUUUUUAUUUUUAUUUUUAUUUCCUUUUUGCCGUUUCAGAUAAUUCUUGGUGUAAAUCGCUUCGUUCGAAUUUAAAGUGAUUCACGCUACUAAUUGUUGUUGAUUAAUUUGGUUGUCGGCAUCGAGUCGUCAUUUGCGGUGCGGUAUUGAAUCUGCAGCAGAAUUGAGACGUCUCCAGUUCCGCCAUGGGAACGGAGAACAAAGAUGCAUCCAAAGCGUUCGAAUGGAAGAGCAUCGGAGAUUCAGGCAGCAGUGAGUCCGCAGCUGUGAAGAAACGGUUGCCGAAGAAGGUCCGGCAAAUUCCAGAUUACUAUUUCCUCCCUCGGAUGUCUCGACUCUCUGCAACCUUGUUCUACGGAUCGUUCAUAGCUGCUGGAAUCGGCGCAGGAAUGCUCACAGAAAUCUGGAUAAACAAAAAAGUUGCAGAGGAUGGAGGUGUCAUCUGGGAGUUCGACAAAUGAAAAAGUUCGAUCUCCAUCAGAGCACACGGCCACGAAUUCUUUUCUAUCGGACAAGCUCAAUUCUUGGAGUUUAAGACAAGCCCAAACGUUGAGAGCCCGAGAUCCAGGUAAUGUUUUUUCUCCGGUAAGUUGGACCGUAUCCAAUUGUGAUCGUAUAAAUUGCGAUCAUAAUCAUUCUUUAAUCACAAUUGUAAUUUACAGUAACAAUAUCACUACUUUAACCGCGAUUGUAAUUUACAUAAACAAUAUCUUUGCCUUUCAUGGCAAAGGUUUUUUUAUUUCUGCCGGGUGGUGUGCCUAUACAAGAAGGACCGCCUCAUUCAUUCGAUCGCAACAUUCUCUUUUCUUUUGUAGCUUUUCGGCAAUUUUUCUGGUUCAAUUUCUCUCUCGUUUUUGUUCGUCAGAAUUCCAACGAUCUGAAAUGUUACUCUCAUUAAAAAUAAACUGUUUUAUCUUUAGAUUAUAAAGCCAGCUACCGAAAGAACUACCGAGACAUAUAUAAUUUUCAGUAAGAAGAUUCAUCGUCGACUCGAUUUCAUGGCACUCUUAUUUUCACAAUACUCGUCUAAACUAACAUUAAAUAUACAAAUGAAAACGAUUAAUGUGUUGAAUAGUUCAUGAUGAGCAUACGAA